GUCGGUGACUGCUGCAUCCAGGCCCCCGGAGGCGGCCUCCGCGCCUGGGCCCGCCAUGCCGCAGGGCCCUGGGGCCCUGAUGCAGGUGUGGGUGGGCAGCCAGCUCUUCCAGGCCGACCGGGCCCUGCUGGUGGAGCACUGCGGCUUCUUCCGCGGCCUCUUCCGCUCGGGCAUGAGGGAGGCCCGCGCGGCAGAGGUGCGCCUGGGCGCUCUGAGCCCGGACGGCUUCCGCACCACGCUACGAGUGCUGCGCGGCGAAAGGCCGGCGCUAGCGGGCCCCGACGAGCUGCUGCAAGCCGUGGAGUGCGCCGCCUUCCUGCAGACGCCGGCGCUGGCGCGCUUUCUAGAGCACAGCCUCACGUCGGACAACUGCGCGCUGCUGUGCGACGCCGCCACCGCCUUCGGCCUGCACGACGUCUUCCUCAGCGCCGCGCUCUUCAUCCGCGACAGCGCCCCCGAGCAAGCGGCCGAACUGGCGCUGCCCGAGGCUCGCGCCUACGUGGCGGCGCUGCGACCCAGCAGCUACGUGGCCGUCAGCACGCACGCACCGGCGCCCGGCUUCUUGGAAGACGCAUCGCGCACUGUGUGCUACCUGGACGAAGAGGAGGACGCGUGGCGCACGCUGGCUGCGCUGCCCCUGGAGGCCAGCACGCUGCUGGCCGGCGUGGCUGCGCUGGGCAACAAGCUCUACAUCGUGGGGGGCGUGCGGGGCCCCAACAAGGAGGUGGUGGAACUGGGCUUCUGCUACGACCCCGAUGGCGGCACGUGGCGCAAGUUCCCCAGCCCACACCAGCCACGCUACGACACAGCGCUAGCCGGCUUUGACGGCAACCUCUAUGCCAUCGGGGGCGAGUUCCAGAGGAUGGCCAUGAGCUCCGUGGAGCGCUACGACCCGGCCGCGGGAUGCUGGAGUUUCGCGGCCAACCUGCCGCAGCCAGCUGCCGGCGUGCCCUGCGCCCAAGCCCGCGGCCGCCUCUUCGUGUGUCUGUGGCGGCCAGCCGACACCACGACCGUGGUGGAGUACACGGUGAGGGCAGACGCGUGGCUGCCCGUGGCCGAGCUGCGGCGCCCGCAGAGCUAUGGCCAUUGCAUGGUGGCCCACCGCGAUAGUCUGUACGUGGUGCGCAACGGACCUAAGGAUGACUUCCUGCACUGCGCCAUCGACUGCCUCAACCUGGCCACGGGCCAGUGGACGGCGCUGCCUGGCCAGUUCGUCAACAGCAAGGGCGCGCUUUUCACGGCCGUGGUGCGCGGCGACACCGUCUAUACGGUCAACCGCGUGUUUACGCUGCUCUAUGCCAUUGAGGGCGGCACCUGGCGGCUGCUCAGGGAGAAGGCCGGCUUCCCACGGCCCGGCUCCUUGCAGACCGUUCUGCUCAGGCUGCCUCCCGGUGCCCGGGGGCAAGUGGCCUCGACGACGCCAGAACUGUGACCCCUGGGCUGGGCUUUAGGAGGGGAUGCCCAGAGUCUUCUCUGAGCCAUGGCUGGGUCUAUGAGACUGGCCUUAGGAGGUGCUGGGAACUUCUCUCUCCCUGCCCCAGGUGAGACGUCAGGGGCCUUGUGCCUUCUGCCUUCUGGUGGUGUGAACAUGUCCAAGAAUCUCAGGAAGCAACGACUCUGGGAUCUCAACCCUCAAGUUACUUGGGCUGUCCUGAGAGCUGGUGGGUCACAAUGUCAGUGGAAGGCAUGGGGGUUAGGAUUUCAAUAAUCCAGGCUUGUGUGUGAAUGGGCCAGUAAUUGAGCACCAGCUGGGAGUGGGUUAAGUGAUGUUAAUCAAACUGCCAGUGAGGCAAGAAUUAGGCACCUACUGUGUGCUCAGCAGGGUGCUGCGCCUAAUGUGACUGUAGUUGACAGGGGUCCAUAAAGCUUAGAGUCUAGCCAAGGACAACAGAAGGUUUACACACAUUUGUCUUGAUCCACAUAGGGCUGAAGGCAAUGGGCAAAAACAAACAAAAAAACCCAAACCCUGCAAUAUAAUAAAGUCCUGAAGAAAUCAGGGCAAAGGGAAAAUAGGGAGGGGAAAAAUAUGUUACUCCAGGCAGAAGGGUAGUAAACAAACUGUAUGUAGAAGACAGGCAGGAUAAUUAGCUGCUAAAUGGGGAGAUUCAGAAGAGGAGAGACGGGGAAAGCUGGAGCAGAUGGGAAGAGUCUGCGAGCCCUGCCUUUAAGGCAGAGCAGCUGUAGAUGGAGGCCUUUGGGGAGGCAGUGAGGCUGCACUGGCUUGUAGAGACAGAAACUGAGCUGAACCUGGAGUGAGACCUGUGAGGGAAAAAGGGUUCCCCAUACCCUGUAAUGGGAUGUGGGCCUGCAGGGGAGAACCCAGUUGGAAGUCCCUUAUCCACUGCCCUUUCUGUCAUCACUCCAGGGCAAUAGACUUAAUUUCCAUGACUUCAGGUUACUCAAGGUAUGAGCCCAAUUUUGGGCAGGUCUAACUGCCUCAUCUUCCUCACCUGUAUCCCUUCCUCUACAUUCUACAGGUUAAUUCUUUCCUCCUAGCCUCCACUCUUGCCAUUCCCUGGACCUGGAAUGCCGUUCCUCUUCUUCUGUCUCUGUUGGCUCUGUGCCUACCUUCUCUGUGCAGGGUUGGCUUUUCCCGACGAUGGCUGCAUGCAUUGCUCAUUGGACCCCUGGCUGACAUCCUUUUCCAUGUGUGUAUGUGCACGUGCGUGCAGCUGUGCACAUAUGCAGAUAGCAAGAGCAGAUCCUUUUGUGCUGUCAGCUGAGCUGGGACACUUUCCCACCUACAGAAAAAAAUUAUGAGGUCCUACAAAAGAACAUGUCUACGCAACAGAAACAGACUCACAGACAUAAAGAACAGACUUGUGGUUGCCAAGGGAGAGGAGGGGUCAGGGAGGGAAGGAUUGGGAGCUUGGGAUUAGUAGAUGCAAACUAUUAUAUAUAGGAUGAAUAAACAACAAGGUCCUACUGUAUACCACAGGGAACUAUAUUCAGUAUCCUGUGAUAAACCACAAUGGCAAAGAAUAUAUAUAUGUAUAUGUAUGAGUCACUUUGCUGUACAGCAGAAAUUAACACAACGUUGUAAAUCAACUAUACUUCAA